AUUAAUAAUAUGCUCAUUUAUGAGUGGAGUGUUAUCAAAGCAACCUGACCUUUGACAUUGUAUAUCAAGUGUAUAUAAAGAGCUGAAUUCUAAUUUUAAUUCAGUCUUAUCAUUAACCUGUGGUCUAUACUUGUAACAUUUGCACUGCUUGUGAAAAGUUUUGUGCAAGGGAUUGCAGUGAGUUGUGCAGCAAGUUUGAAUUCUUUUCGGACUGUUUUGUGUAUUGUUAAAACAUAUAUAAAUGCAGUCCUCGAGGGCAGAGAAUAUGUCCAUUGUUGAGAAGUUCAGAAUAAAUCCUAUUUAUUAUUCUGACUACUCUGAUACUAACUAAGCAUUAUUUGUAUUUCGUUUUAUCGCCUAAUACGAAUUACCAAUUUGAUAUUUGAGAGGAAAGACUAAAGAAACUUUGAAGACUGAUUUGAAAAUUGUAUUUUGAAAAAUGGAUAUCACUUCUUAUCAUCCCAUACUCAAAGCCUUUUUGGCAGGAUCAUUUUCUGGAACAUUCUCAACUAUUUUAUUCCAGCCUUUGGAUUUGGUGAAAACCAGGCUACAGAACACUUCAUCCACAGUCAUCAGCCGCCAUGGGACCGUCAGCAUGGUUUCAACCCUUACAAAUAUUCUACAACAAGAGCAUAUCACUGGAUUAUGGAGGGGUAUGGUUCCUUCUCUCACAAGAUGUGUACCAGGCGUAGGCCUAUACUUUUGCUUUUUGGACUCCAUCAAGUCAAACUACUUUCAAAAUAGGACCCCGACGGCGUUAGAAUCGGUUGCUAUGGGUGUGACAGCCAGAUGUCUGAGCAGCGCUGCUUUGAUACCAGUCACAGUCGUCAAAACUAGAGUUGAAAGCGGAGUUUACUCCUACAACGGAGUUCUAUCAGCUUUAAGAGAAAUCUAUCGAGCAGAAGGUGUCAAGGGUAUGACUUGUGGACUUUUGCCGACUUUGUUUAGAGAUGCACCCUUUUCUGGACUCUAUUUGAUGUUCUACACUCAGACUAAGACGAUCAUUCCACAAGAUCUUCUGAACUCUCCAUAUUCUUCUCCAGUUCACUUCACGUGCGGCAUAACAGCUGGAAUCCUGGCCUCGAUUGUGACUCAACCAGCUGACGUGUUGAAAACCAAAAUGCAGUUGUACCCAAAAAAAUUCAACGGCGUUUGGGCGGUUGUGGUUUACGUCCACAAUGAACAUGGCGUCCAAGGAUACUUCAAAGGUCUUCUACCUAGGAUGUUAAGGCGUACUUUGAUGGCUGCGAUGGCCUGGACGGUGUACGAGCAGAUAUCCAGGAAGAUUGGAUUGAAGUAAGCAGAAUUUGAAAGCUUGGUUACCAAGAGACAUCAACAUGGUUCAAGAGCUAGCUUCACAAAGAUUCUCACUUUGUCGAAGUUAGCUAUUAAUGUUGUAUCUGAAAGGGGAUACAUUGAAAUCGGCUCAAUUUACAAUAUUUUAUUUGUUACGGCAUCCUGAAGAAAAGUCUCCAAGGGCACAAAUUUCGAUGAUGGACGGUCGAAGCUCAACAUUCCUGCGGUCUGCAGUUUGCCAGUUUUGGUCUACCAAACAAGCCUUAAAAUGAACAAAUCUUGAAAUGUUUCAAUUUAGCUUUUUGAUAGCCUCAAAAAUGAUAAUUUUUAACCGAGUUUUUAAGCAUUAAGUAUGUCCAUUUUCAGCGUUUUUCAGACACUAACGCUUAUAAUUCGGAUUAAGAACAUUUUUUGUUCAGAAUGAUCCAAAAAAACUGGAAAAUUUAUGCUGGCCGAAGCUUUUUUUCUAUGGUUCGUUUAAAAAAAAAUGAACAAAUUACCCAGCUCAAAAAAUAUUUCUGUUUGUGUACCGUAAGGCAGAAAUCUGGGUCACCUACUAUUUAUUUUAUACAUUGAUUACAUUUGUGAUAUUUAAAGAAAUUUUUAACCUUAUUUAGUAGGCCAGAACUUGUACAAUUUUUGCAAAAACAUUUUAUCAAGCUGUUUGCAAGAAGUAAAUUUUGGAAAGCUAGAAUUGGUGCUUUUAUGAACGUUUAGACAAAAUGAUCAAAUAUGAAAUUAAAAAUUCAGAAAUGAAAAAGAUAGUUGAUAAAAUGAGAAUGAGAUGUUACCUAGUAUGAUCAUUAAGUUUUAAGCUAUUUUAUAUUUUGUCCAUACAGCAGCUAUUUGAAGAAUUCAUCGAGUUUUUUAUUGUCCCAAAAGGAUGAUUCUUAGUGUUAUUGAUUUUCUAAUUGUGUACAUUUUCUUCAAAUAAAUGCUUUACUGCGAAUGCCUCACUAUAGUUCUUUUAGGCUUUGUGUUGGGAUAUGAUGUUUGUUAUAGUGAUGUAGAACAGUAUUCUAUUAUCUAUAUAUUGUUAUUUAUUUAUAAAUCUGUGAUUAUAAAAUAUUGUUUUCAUUACUUUGUUUCAUUUCUGUCUCUUCGGACUCCUUCUUGUCUCAAGACUUUCAAAAAAAUAUAGAUUUCUCAAAAUAAGGGUACCCAAAUUUCAAACAGUAGAGACUGAUGGUGUGAGGUCUGCAGAGAGGAAGAUACUGAUAGGAGCCCUACAAGGUUCUGUCCAAGGCCCCAUACUCUUCCCCAUCUAUAUUAAUUAUCUCCCAAAUGAUAAUGUUUGUAGAUGACACAUCAGUAUCUCUUGCAGCUAGCUCUCCGAUGAAAAUACAACAGCAAACAGAUGCUGAAUUGGAAAAAGCCAAAAUCUGGUUUUAUUCCAACAAGUUUUAAAAUAAACAAAUCUUGAAAUGCUCUUCAAGAUCUUGUAGAGGAAGCUUUUACCUUCAAAUUAGCUGCAUGAUAACCUCAAAAAUAAUGAUUUUUAACUGAGUUUUUAAGCAUUAAGUAUGCCCAUUUUCAGCGUUUUUCAGACACCAAAUCGCUUAUAAUUUGGAAAAGGCAACAACUUUGUAAAAGGGUUACUAAGAACCCUUUUCAUCCAGAAUGAGCCUAAAAAUCUUAAAAAUUUGUGCGGGCCGAAACACUUUUU